AUGGAGUUGUUAACUAACCAACCGCAAGAGUAUUCAACUCUAGUCUAUACUAAUAAAACUAUAGAUAUUAUACGCAAUCACAACAUCAAUAGACCAUUGUUUCUGUAUGUUGCCUACCAGUCCCUGCAUGCCAGCUAUGCCGACAAUAUACUACAGGCGCCUCCCGAUAGCUAUAUGAAACGGUUUGCACAUAUAGAGUCACAGAAUCGCCGUACGUAUGCCGCUAUGGCCUACUGUAUGGACGAAUCGAUUGGCAAUAUUGUUGGCGAACUAUAUGACCGGUCAAUGUUGUCAAACAGUAUCAUUAUAUUUACCAGUGAUAACGGACCAAUGGCUAUCAAUAUACCCAACGUAUUUUCUAAUUUUGGAUCAGAUGUACCAUUGCGUGGUGUUAAAACUUCCUUAUUUGAGGGAGGUAUUCGUGUGCCGACAUUCAUAUGGAGUCCAUUGCUUAGCACCAGUAGCUACCAGUCCGAUGAACUCAUACACGUUACCGAUAUAAUGCCCACACUAUUGGAGGCAAUUGGCGGUAUUGCCAACAAUACUCAGUUGAAUGAAUUUACCAAUAAUACAAACAGCUAUGGUAUGUCUCAAUGGCAGACCCUAUCGAAACGUAUGGGGACAAAACGUAGCGAACUAUUGCACAAUAUAGACCCUGUUUGGAACCAGUCAUCGAUUAGAUGGUAUAAUUGGAAAUUGGUACAGGGACCUAGUGAUCCUAAUCUGGCAUAUAUGCUUAGCCAGUGGUAUCCAACCAUACCCAUUGACGAUAGUCAGCGUAUAGAUAUGAAUCAAUCGGCCAGAGAUCGGCUCAAACACACCGAUCGUCUGACUAGUCGGUCAUACCGUGUGUUGACGGCAAUGCACAGACCGCUUCCUGAUUACAAUCUAUUAGAAACAUCGGCAAUAACUAACUGUCAGUCAGUGUCCUCAACCACCGAAACUGAUAUCAGUGGUGGUGGACAUCAAUGUCAAUCGGAUCGGGAGUUUUGUUUGUUUAAUAUCCGAAGCGAUCCGUGCGAACAUCGGAACAUUGCCUCUAAAAACAGGCAUUUAGUAUCAUAUUUAUGGAAUAGACUACAAAAAUUAAAUCAGUCGGCAGUCUGGCCAUUGGCACUGACACCGGGUGAUCAAAACGGUUAUCCCGAUAGACAUGGACAAGCUUGGGUUAAUUGGCUUUGA